AUGCGCUGGCCAGCACCGCUCGACAAGCGGGAGACCCUCUUGAUAUGUCUGUCAAUUACGGUCUAUUUCCUUGCAUAUAACAUCGACACGUCGAUGCGGAUACUGGGGAUCGACCCCGCUACGACCCAUGGCGCUCUGAAUCGGCUCGGAUGGGUCGGGACGAAGGAGAUAGGGAGAGACGGGCGCAAGCCAGAAGGAUGGCGAGACGCCUUGGAGAACAACAUCUACGGCGACUGGACAUGGAGCCGUGGGCAUAUUGCAGGAGAUGGGGCGGAGAGGAGUCAGCCGGUGGGCACAGGACGCCACGGUGCGACUUGGACAGCGCGCGAGCCUGAACUCAUCAACGCCGCCACUUCGUACAGCGACGCCAGUGUUAACGACGCCCUGACGAAAUGGGGCAUCAACCUCCCGCAGACGCGAGUGAUCAAACACACAGCGGGCUACACCAUCCUCGAAAACGCCUACGUCUUUGACGGGACUGUUUACUUGAUUACAGAUAACCCAGGAUCCUUACCUCCUAUCUCAGACAUUGUCGAGUCUGUUGGAAAUGGAUUCGGCCGAUGGAAGACGCUAACAUCAGAACAAGCUCAGACCGUAAUGGGCACCUACGGUUCAUUCUCGCUCGACGAAUCCAUCGAUGAAAGAGGGAACACCCUCCUCCCCCCGCCGCGCCGGCUCAUGUUCCCACACAACCGCUUCUUCACUGACGCCAACCCCGACUUCUCACAGCACUGGCUCCGCCGCGUGCGCGCGGACACCGGCUUCCACCCGUACCUCGCCAAAGUCGCGCUGCCGCAGCUGACGGUCGAGUACUACGAGGACUGGGAGGACUACCAGAAAAUCGGGAUCCCAUUUGUGUACGAGCGCCUCGUCGUUGCGGACCGCCGUGCCGCUGAGGAGAACGUAGAGGAGGGCUGGCCGGCGUAUGCGUCUGCGUUUGACCUCGACGCGUCGGAGUACUGGUGGGAGCCUGUGCGCAAGAACGUGGCGCAGUUUUUGGGCGAGUAUGAUGUGAAGCCAGGGGCGAAGAAGGUUAUCACAUAUCUGCACACCCAGUCCGAUUCUGGUGCGAAACUAUCGAGGGCGAACCAUGAUGCGCUCAUAAAGGCGUUGCAGUCAAUGUCUGAUCGACAGGGAUACGAGCUGAGUGUAGUAUCGACACUAACGUCGGACACGGAUUGGGCGGAUCGGAUGAGGGCUAUUGUGAAAUCAUCGAUAAUUAUCAGUGUACACGGAGAGCACUUGAUGGACAGCGUGUUCAUGCGACCAACACCGCCUUCAACACUGUUUGAACUCUUCCCACCCAACAAGUUCGAGCGCGAUCGCGAGUACGCGAUCCAAGCUCUCAACCUGCGGUACAUCGCCUGGCAGGGCAGCAAAUCGUUUGAAGGAGAAGAUUUGCCUGCAUACUCGCCACCGUCAGACGAGGAAGUUCCAGUGGACGUCACCUCGCUGGUACUCGCCGUCCAAAAGGCUCUGUCAUAG